UUAAUCGCUGACUUAUUUCCCCCUCGGCUGGCUAAGUAUUAGCCUUGUUGUUAGCUAACUACCACACAGCGCGAGGACACUGUGUGACAUUGCACGUGCGGCGCUUCCCCCUUUUCUUCACCAGCGGCUGCAGAAGACAACAAUGAAAAUGGCUGAUAAGACAUCCUAGUGUUAUGAAAGUACUUCUCUGCUAAUGUGUUGAUAACGAUAUCGGUGUUAUGGCAGUCGGAGGGCAGAUGACUGCUGAUACGAAAACGUGGCUUUAGGGGCAGCGCUGCCCUAGCCGGCACCAUGCAGCAGAAAGGUGCAAUCCAAAUUAUUGAAUGGGAGGACCUGGACAAGAGGAAGUUCUACUCCCUGGGUGUAUUCAUGACCUUGACCACCAGGGCCACGGUCUACCCGGCCAGCCUUAUCCGCACUCGGCUCCAGGUGCAGAAGGGGAAGACCCUGUACUCCGGCACCUUUGAUGCUUUCUGCAAGAUCCUGCGAGCGGAAGGCGUGCGAGGCCUCUACCGUGGCUUCAUGGUCAAUACAUUCACCCUGAUCUCAGGACAAGCUUAUAUAACUACCUAUGAACUGGUGCGCAAGUAUGUGUCCCAGUACUCACCCAGCAACACGGUGAAGUCGGUGGUGGCUGGAGGGUCAGCUUCCCUGGUGGCUCAGACCAUCACUGUGCCCAUAGACGUGGUGUCACAACACCUGAUGAUGCAGGGACAGGGGGAACACCUGACUCGCUUCAAGGCCAAACCCAAAAUGAUGCUGGCAACGACUAAGCGCAAACUGACUUUUGGGCAAACCCGUGACAUCACGGUGCAGAUAUUUGCAGCCGAUGGUUUCAGGGGAUUUUACAGGGGCUACGUUGCGUCGCUACUCACAUACAUCCCAAACAGUGCACUAUGGUGGCCUUUUUAUCAUUUUUAUGCAGAACAGCUGUCUUUGUUGGCACCAAGUACUUGCCCUCAUCUGAUUCUGCAGGCUCUGGCAGGACCAAUGGCAGCAGCAACUGCCUCCACCAUCACUAACCCAAUGGAUGUUGUUCGAGCAAGAGUACAGGUUGAGGGACGAUCGUCUGUCAUCGAAACAUUCAAGCAGCUGCUGGCAGAGGAGGGCGUCUGGGCGAUGACCAAGGGGCUGUCGGCCCGCAUCAUUUCCUCCACACCCACGUCGGUGCUCAUCGUGGUGGGAUAUGAGACCCUAAAGAGACUGAGCCUGCGAGCUGAGCUUGUAGAGUCGAGACACUGGUGAAAGGACAGAGGGAACCAGGACUGCCUUGAACCGGGCUUCAUCUCCACACAGCCGUAGUUUGAACUUUUCACACAGGAGAGAACGACCCAGAUCUGUGUCCAGUCUCGGGGUAAACCGCUCACCUGUUUAACUGCUUUCACAGACCUUGAAGGUUACACGUGUCAUCAUCUUGCCUUUCUCUGUUUGUCCCAUUUCUGCUGGCCCCCUCUUCUUUUGUUGCAAAACUGUCACUCUGAAAACAAUGAACUGAUUUUCACCCAUCUUGAAAGAAGCAAGACAAAUGUUAAAAUUUGACAGAUGACUGAAGAAAGUUGCUUCUUAAAGGAUAGUUUUUGAUUAAUGCCUCAAAUGUUUUGUAUAUUUUAACAAUAUGAAAAAACUGCACCAGCGUCAUUUUUAUACCUGGAUAUGUAGCAGUACAGGGUUUGUUUUUUUUUUACUGUGUCAUACUUAAACUGCACCAGGCAACCUAAGCUUGUGAACAUGUGAUGCACCUUUUGAUUUCACAAUCCAGCCGGGUUCAGUUUUUAAAACAGAGCUACUCUGCCGUAAAUCACUGGAUGAAUUUUAAGAAUUUUCAAUGUGCCAAAAUCUAGAGACACAAAUGCCUUCUCUGACUUAUUGAACACUUGAAGAGCAAAACAAGCUUGAUGUCUGUGUGCAUUCAAGUAAAAAGAACAUUUCAUGCAGGGGUUUGAAACAUCUGCUGAAAAUCUCACAUUAGUUUUGGCCUUAAUAAAGACAGAAUGAGAUGUUAAUGCAUUAUAGCAAUGCCAUUAAAUUGGAUGGAAGACAUUAGUAUACUUUCAAAGCAUAAAAAUUAAACUACUUCCAAAAGAAUAUUUAAAAAACUUGUUUGUUCUAUUUACUUACAGGACAACAAACAUUGCAUUUAGUUUUUGUGGCCCAAGUUUGUGUACUUAAAGGCUUUCUGUGAUGUAUGUGUAGCUGUGUCACAUCAAUUAUUUACCAGCAGUCUUUGAAGUCAGUGGUGCAGGCACAAUAAUGAAAUGUAGAUAAAUUGAUC